AUGACCGAUCCCAUAUCUUUGACCGGCACGGCCGUAGGUGUCGUUUCGCUUGGUAUCCAGGUCUGUGGCGAGAUUGUCUCUUAUUGCCAAGCAUGGAAAGGAUUCGACGACGACAUUCGCACCUUUUCCCAAAAGGCCGAUGGGCUUCGCGUUCCUUUGGAAGUGCUACGUGGGCUUCUAGCGAGCUCCACAGCAGCAGACGCCGCUAUCUCCAAGGAUGUUGAAGAGAAGCUGCGACAUAUUGAGCGAGUUAUCAAGAGACUAAAUCAAGCGAUAGAUCAGUUUGCAUCUCGAGGAUCUGGUGAUAUGGCCGCUAUUCGUGUUCAUUUCAAGAAGGCGAUAUAUCCCUUUCGCAAGAACAGCUUGCGCGACAUGUCGAGUGACUUGGAUAGCUUACAGCUGAGUUUGCAUACCAUUCUUCAUGCGUAA